ACGCCGACGGUCUCAUCCAAUUCGUCAGGAGAAAUAUAACUCGGAUCGAGAACAGUACACCUUGCAACUGCGGCGCCGCCUUCGUCAGGGUAAAGCUUAUUUACUGUCAAUGCAGUUCGAGGGUGUCCUUAACGAGAUUCCUCGCGGCUUUUAUAAAACUUCGUACGUGGAUAAAGAUGGCGUUGAAAGAAAAUUAGCUGUGACGCAGUUCUGGCCAGCAGAUGCCCGUAGAGCUUUCCCUUGCUUUGAUGAACCAGCGCUGAAAGCAACAUUUGAUAUCCAUAUAGCCAGAGAGAGUCACAUGACUGCUAUAUCCAACAUGCCUCUUAUCAGAACGACUCCCGUUCCCAACCGAGAUGGAUGGCUGUGGGACCAGUUUGCUACCACUCUCAAUAUGUCCACGUACUUAGUAGCAUUCCUUAUAUCAGACUACAGCUUCCGAGAUCUGGAAGGUCAAGGAAAGGGACGCCUGAAAGUAUGGACAAGUGAAGAUAAAUUAGACCAGACAUCCUUAGCCCUUGAAGUGGGGUCCUUUGCGAUGUCUUUCUUCGAGGACUACUUCAACCUGCCCUACCCUUUGAGGAAGAUGGACAUGGCAGCAGUUCCGGAAACGACAUUUCAAGCCAUGGAAAACUGGGGUCUCGUUACAUACAGGGAAUCUGUGUUGUUAGCCGACCCUAAACGCGCCUCUGCAUCGCACCGAAGGCAAGUGUCCCAGUUGGUGGCGCACGAACUGGCUCAUCAGUGGUUUGGGAAUCUUGUGACAUUCAAGUGGUGGACGGAUCUUUGGCUGAACGAAGGCUUUGCUACCUACAUGUCCGAUGUUGCUAUUGAUCAGGUAAUUGGAAUAUUUUGGGGUGAGUUAACUUUGAUAUUCGAACUCAUAGUAGAACAUGAACAUCUUAUAUUGUAG